AUGAAAUAUCUUCACUUAUAUUUGUUUCAACUGCAAUUAUCAAAUAAAACUGGACAUAAUUCAUCAUCAUCAUUAAUGGCAACAUUAUAUAAUCGUGUAACAGCAAUUAAUAAUCCAACAACACAUAAAUAUUUUCCACAUUUAUUUCAUGAACAAGCAUCAACAAUGACACUUGAAACAGCAUUAGAUAUUAUGGAAAAAUUAUAA